CGACAUAAAGACAUAAGACCUAAAGAACACUGGUAGGUGGGUACCUAUGAAGGGAACAGUGAAAAGAGGACCUACCGUCAAAAAGGUUGACAAAUGACCUAACAUCUAAGGGGCGAUGGGAAAGACAUGUAAUUAACAUCAACACAACCUCGGCAAUCAUCCGCCGAGAAGAUUACCCUUUGAGCGUUCAGCCACCCGUCCAUCCGGACCCGGUCGAGGGGGAUCUUCAACAUCAUCUCUGUCUAUAAAUCCUCUCGUUCGCCCCCAAUUGAAUGGGCUCUGAAGGUGUCAGCAGUGAGCCCAGCCUCGACCCGUCACCAACCUGUGCUCCUCUCAUACCGCCUCUCAAAAUGAAGGUCUCAACCAUCACCCUCCCUAUGCUGGCCAGCCUGGCCGCCGCCAACCCAGUCGAGCUCACCGAGCGACAAUCCUGCCCCCCAAUCCACAUCUUCGGCGCCCGCGAGACCACAGUUCCCCAAGGCUAUGGAACCUCCCAGGGGCUAGUCAACAUGGUAGCCCAAGCCUACCCCGGCGCCACGCGGGAAGCGAUCGUCUAUCCCGCCUGCGGUGGGCAAUCCCAAUGCGGCGGUGUGAGCUACGAGAAUUCUGCUCGCCAGGGGACCGCCGCCGUGGUCCGCGCCGUUACAACCCUCAACCAGCGGUGCCCCGACACCAAGAUCGUCCUGAUCGGAUACUCCCAGGGCGGUCAGAUCAUGGACGGUGCGCUCUGCGGCGGGGCGGGCGCUACCCUCACGGGUGCUCCUCUUGCUGCCGUGAAGGCGGCUAUUUUCAUGGGCGAUCCGAUGUAUAACCAGGGGUUGCCGUACAAUGUUGGGACUUGCAGGGCUAGAGGGUUUGCUGGCCGACCCAACGGCUUCCAGUGCUCUCCGGGCAACCCGGCAAUCAUCCAGUCGUACUGCGACUCCACCGACCCGUAUUGCUGCACUGGCAACGAUGCCAACUCGCAUCAGCAGUAUGUCAACAAGUACGGGCAGCAGGCCUUGGCUUUCAUCCGUCGCCAGCUGGAUGCUGCGUAAGUUGUUGGCCGUGGCUUGGCAUCAAAAAGGGGUUCAGGGGGGUUACAAACAGUAGGGUUAGGAUAGCCUAAAAUAUCUAUGACAUUUCAGGAA